AUGACAUUGACACCUACCAAACAGACAAACAUUCAAAUUAAACAGCCGCUCAAUUCAUCACUCUGGAGAAUUUAAGGAGAACUCAUUGUGACUAGUCGCUAUUGGAUAGAUUGACAAUCCCAGAGUUCUUACUCUUUCCAGCAAGCAUGGACAAACACUUCAGUGGAAUGGUUCCAACGGAUGAUCAGUUUUUCCUCCUUUACUUCAUCAUCGGAACCUACUUUGGACCAGAUCUCCAGGGAGUAUAUCCCAAAAAAUCAGUUUUGCAAAGAAAAGGUCUAGGCCUACCUCCAUACAGUUCCAAUCAACUAGCUGGUUCAUGCCUAAGAACCAUAGAAGUAGAAAGGGUUUACUAUCAUGCAUUGAGAAAGGCAGAGCGGUCUGUUGUCCUGACACAACCGUGGCUGCACCAGUUCUUUCAUGGAAAGCUUCCUACUCUUUACCACGGACAACCUGCAGCUUAUCCUCGGUUUUGUGACCUUUUUCCUACGAGCCUGCAUCCACAUUUAUGCUGUCAUGUGUAUAAUGUUAUUGCAAACAUUGUAUUCAUUAAUGACCCUGAUACCAGCUAUAUUGAACCAGACAGUAUUGAGAGGUUCAAGAAUCUCACUGGUCUCGAACAUCUUACCUUGCACAAAGAUUGCACAAGGUCGCAAGCCGAUGUUGAUUAUGAAGCUCUGAGUAAUGCUGGAAAAGAGGAGAUAACAAAAACUGCUGAUAUCCUCCAAUAUGCAUCAUUAGCUGCUAGUAGCCUACCAUAUAAGGAGAUGCCUUUUUGUGGUGAUAUACCACACGACAAUGAACUAUUUGAUAAUACGCCUUUUACUAGUCUUUUGAAGGAUGCUUGUGAUGAACCAUUUAAUGGUGUGCCACCUGAUAGCAAUGGACACACUAGACCUUUAAGUAGUCUCUUAAAGGAUGCUUGUGGUGGGUCAUUUAGUAAUAUGCCACCUCAUCGCAAUGGACAAUUUGACACUACACUUUUUAGUGGUCUUUUGACGAAUGAUGGUGUCGGCCGAUUUACUGAUGCACCACCAGAUAGCUCUACAAAAUUUGGUGCUACUCCAUUUAGUAGUCUCUUUAAGGAUGUCAGUCCUCUAGCAGAAGAGUCUAUGGGUCCAUCAUCAAAGCACGCCAACUCUGAAGAGGACUUGGAGCUUAGUAUUGUCUUCCUUGCCUCUCGCCCUUCUAAGGAGGAGGUAAGUAACAUUGUUGCUGCUACUAAAAGUGGAUUUGCAGUGGCUGGGAGUGCAGCGAAGGGUAAGAUAGGACCAGUUCUCGGGCUCGUGGAUGUAGGAGAAAGUGAGGACUCUUACUUGUUCCGUGUAUCACUCCCCGGAGUAAAGAGAGAUGAACAAGAAUUUACUUGUGAAGUGGAGAGUGAUGGUAGAGUGUUGAUUAGGGGAAUGACAACUGGUGACAGGACUGUCCACAAGGACUCUCAAGUAUUCGAGAUGCAAACUCAGAACCUAUGUCCAACAGGACAUUUCACCAUCUCUUUCAUGCUGCCAGGCCCCGUUGACCCUCAAGAAUUUUCUGGUAAUUUUGGCACUGAUGGAAUCCUCGAGGGAAUCAUAAUGAAAGCAGAAAGAUGAUCUCAAUAGAAUAGGAUAAACUAAUGUCUUGUUAGUUAGAAGACUAGUCCCUGUACAAAUUCUACU